AAAAUUUGACCGUUGCAAAUCUUGCUCUUUACAAAACCAAACUCUCUUGAAAAGCCCUCUCUUGGCUUGCAAAGAGAGGCCUUUUCCCAUCUUCCACCUCUCAUUUUCUCAAGAAACAAACAUACCCACUUCCUCUAUUAAUUCCAAGAACCAAGAAAGAAUAUCCAAAAAGCUCACGGAAAUGGAUUCUCCUCAAAGAAGAAAAUCCGGGCUUAAUCUCCCAGCUGGAAUGAAUGAUACUUCUCUCAGACUUGAUUUUUCGGGUUCUUUUCGCACAAUAUCAAACCUUACAUCACCUUCAUCAAGAUCAUCAACUUGCAGUGAUAGAUUCAUUCCGUGCAGAUCUUCUUCAAGAUUGCAUACUUUUGAGCUGACUGAGAAAGAAUCACCUGUUAAAGAAGGGGGGAAUGAGGCUUAUAAUAGACUGUUAAAGUCUGAGCUUUUUGGGGCUGAUUUUGGUUCUGUUUCUUCUCCUGCAGGUAAAGGCUCGCCAAUGAGUCCCAGCAAAAAUAUGUUCAGGUUUAAAACUGACCAUUCUCCUGGGCCCAAUUCUCCUUACUCGCCUUCAAUCUUGGGGCAUGAUAAUGGCUUCUCUAGUGAGACCUCUACACCGCCCAAGCUGCCAAGAAAAGUUCCUAAAACACCACACAAGGUUUUGGAUGCUCCAUCUCUUCAAGAUGACUUCUAUUUGAACCUGGUGGAUUGGUCAUCCCAAAAUGUGCUUGCUGUUGGGUUGGGCACUUGUGUUUAUCUAUGGACAGCAUCAAAUAGCAAAGUAACAAAAUUAUGUGACUUAGGGCCUAGUGACAGUGUGUGUUCUGUCCAAUGGACCCGGGAAGGUUCAUAUAUAUCAAUUGGCACAACUCUUGGUCAAGUUCAGGUAUGGGAUGGUACACAGUGCAAAAGGGUAAGAACUUUUGGUGGUCAUCAAACAAGAGCUGGAGUCUUGGCUUGGAACUCACGCAUACUAUCAUCGGGAAGUAGAGACCGAAACAUACUUCAACAUGAUCUUCGUGUUUCAAGUGAUUUCAUUGGCAAGCUUGUUGGACACAAAUCUGAGGUAUGUGGGCUGAAAUGGUCCCAUGAUGACAGGGAACUUGCAUCUGGUGGAAAUGAUAAUCAGCUCCUGGUCUGGAACCUACAUUCUCAGCAGCCAAUCUUGAAGUUGACAGAACAUACAGCUGCUGUGAAGGCCAUUGCUUGGUCACCCCAUCAGAGUGGCCUUCUUGCUUCUGGAGGAGGAACUGCUGAUCGAUGUAUUCGCUUCUGGAACACUGCCAACGGUCAUCAGUUAAAUAGUGUAGACACUGGGAGCCAGGUAUGUAAUCUAGCAUGGAGUAAAAAUGUGAAUGAGCUUGUGAGCACUCAUGGAUAUUCCCAGAAUCAAAUUAUGGUGUGGAAGUAUCCAUCAAUGGCAAAGGUUGCAACUCUAACUGGCCAUAGCCUGCGAGUACUAUAUCUUGCAAUGUCACCUGAUGGACAGACAAUAGUGACUGGUGCAGGAGAUGAGACUUUGCGCUUCUGGAACAUUUUCCCAUCAAUGAAAGCACCGGCACCAGUCAAAGAUACAAGUCUCUGGUCAUUAGGGAGAACCCAUAUCCGAUAGCAAACUCCUGGCCAAUAUAUAAUAUAUACUAUUGUAAAAAUUAGUUUGCAUGUGGAGAUACCAAAAGAAGUAUAGAAGCAGCUACAACCAUAGAUAUCAAGAGUUGAGUUUUUAUUUAAUUGAUUUUCUCUUGGCGUAUUUUCAAGUGUUUAAAGUUGAGAGGUUCUGUGAAGUGUCUAACAAGAGAAAAGAAAAUGUAACAGAUUUCAAACAUGAUUUGUUUGUAUAAAAGAGCUUCAGUAGUCCAUAGAAUAAAUGAAUUGCAAUAGCAUGAGAGAAACAAAAUGGAAAAGAAGAAUCCAAUCUUGUUCAUUCAAAUUUGGUAAUUAGAAUGAUUUUUUAUUGA